CUCACGUUGCAUCCUGCUGACGUUGCUCGUGGAUUCUGCAUGGUUAAUGUUUUGAAAGCAGUUUGUUUGCUCUCAGAUGACAAGGACAGAGCCAGAGAUUACUGGAGUAACAUGGAAAACCGUGGAAUAUCAGUAAUUCUGUUCGACCUGGACAACACGCUUGUUGAUACAGCAGGAGCCGGUAAAGUGGCGAUUCACAAGGUCAGUGAACUGCUCAAGAACAAACUGGACCAUUCAAACAUCAGUGAUAUCUGUGAACGGUUUGUCUGUAAACUUUUUGAGGAAACAUUUGACCCCUCAGAAGACCAGACGAUAGACAAAGUUCGGAUAAAUCACUGGCACGAGGCCCUUCAGGAAGUAGAAGUUGUGGAUCCUGGCCAAGGUCUGGCCUCAGACUGCUACUACACAUGGAAGACCACACGUCUCCAGGCUCUAGCUUUAUCUCCUGAAGUGCUGGCCUUGCUGGAAGACCUCAGGUGCUCCUACAAGCUGCUGCUGCUGACCAAUGGUGACUCUCAGACCCAGAGGGAGAAGAUAGAGGCGCUGAGGUGUGAGGGACUGUUCAGUGCUGUUGUGGUGGGAGGAGAGCAUGCUGAGCAGAAACCAGCAUCCUCCAUUUUCACACACUGCUUUGAGCUGCUUGGGGUGAACCCACAGGACUGUAUCAUGGUGGGAGACUCUCUAGAUACAGAUAUCCAGGGUGGAUUUAAUGCAGGGGUUCGAGCUACAGUAUGGAUAAACAAGAGAGGAGGAUCCCCUCCAGAAAACACUGUGACUCCAGAUUACACCAUCCCAUCAGUGCUGGACCUGCCUGAAGUUUUGGAUAAUCUGAGAUAAUGUUUAUUAUGUAAGACUAUGGGGGUGACCCAUGUCUUAGUAAAAAAUCCCAGUUUAGGGCUUUCCUACAUUUGGAAUUUGAAGGGCUGUCCCAAUUCUCAGUUACCUCCUCAUGGCAUUAAUAAGUUUGGAGUUUUCAUGAUGCUGCAUAUUUUAAAUUCUCCUAUUGACCUCUAUUGCAGUAAGAAACAGAGACCCAUUUGACACACUGUUUUUAAAACAUCUAAAAAAUAAAGAUUUAAGUUUAAACUUAGUUUAAUCAAAUAAUUUUGUAUUUUUUGAUCAUCACAAAUGUACUUAAAUCCAUUUUUUAAAAGUCUUAUUACUUAAGUAAUCAUUGAAAUAACUAAUAGGUUAUCCAGUUACUAAAAGCACUGAUAAUAGUGGCAGCUAGUGAUGGCAAACUGAAGCUUUCCUUUAAACGGUGCUGGAAAAGUUCGUUGCUCAAAGCUUUUAAAACCAGUGAAUGAUGACACCUGGUGGUUAACAGCAUGAACAGCAGCUACUCUGUGAUGGGGGGGGUAGGGGGGAGUGUUUUAGUAUAAAAGUCCAAGUCUCUGUUCCGUAGUCAAUUAAACACUAAUAAUUCAUCUUACAUAAAAUAAGUCUGAAUUUCUGUUUAUUUCCCUGUUGUGAGACUAAUAAAGGAUUAUCUUAUAUCUUACAAAA